AUGACCUCACUGCUGUCGAAGCUGUCGCUACCGCUUCUGCAGCUACUAUUUCUAUUGCUUUCCUUCUCAACUACAGGAAGGGCUGAAGACAAUAUAACAAUAAAUGUCCUCUCCCUGAUGUAUAGCCCUGAUGUUCAGGAGGUGGAGGUGGAUUCACUUAACGCUGGUUUUGAAGCAUCCCUGACAGCUCGCGGUUGGAAAACAAACUCCAAGGCAAGGGUUUCUUUCAUUCGACCACCAUCAUACGAUACUCCCGUCGCUGAGUUCUUCGAGUCCGUGGUUAAGGAAAGCGAAGGCAAGCUGAUGAUUGUAUUUGGUCCCUUUGGCGGACCCAAUACUAUGUGGGUGAAGGGUGAGCUGAGUAAACACGGUGCAGUUAGUUUCGGCCCACUCGCUUUCUCCACUGAAGUGCGUGAGUGGGAUCCCCAUCUUUACUUCAUAAGUGUGGAGCCGAAUGCUGAGUUACUUGCACUUUUCCGUUAUGCCGUUGUUUUCCUUGGUCUCCCGCGUGUGGGAAUAACGUACUUGAAGGGAACACCAUCCGGUGAGGCAUUGUAUGAAUUCGCUCUGGAUAUAUCAUCCAUGAUGGGCCAUGAACUCUGUGGUGCAUUUGCUGCAGCUGGUGGAGUUGGAGCAGAUGAAGAUGCCCUGGCAGCUGAAUGGAACCAGUUUGUUGAGACACGUCCACAGGCUGUGCUCCUGUUUGCCCCCGUGCGCAACCCCGCCACCGAAUGGUUCAUAGGGAGGAUUGUGAAGGAUGAGCGGGCGAGACAGAUGUAUGUUUUGGCUCCGUCGACAUCACAAGGCCCUCUAAUAAGAACUUGGCGUGACGCUUUGUAUGCUUCCAAUGUGUCUCUGAACGAUGGUCAAUUAAUCAUCACGGGCACAAUUCCUCCUUCGAAUUUACUAACCCUUGCGUCUGUCCGGCGGUUUCGGGAGGAGAUGGAUAACCAUUUAAAAUCCAAUAGUGAAUGGGGUGGCUUUUCGAAACCCCCACACUUUAGUACCGACGAGGCCAUUUCUGAUCUGAUGAUGACUGGAUGGCUCACUGGUGAGAUCCUUUCGCAGGCACUACACAGUACUGAUGUGUUGACGGACCGCACGGCCUUUAUGGACUCUCUGUACCGCCAGCGUCGUUACGUUGUAGAUGACCUUGUCGUGGGUGACUAUGGUAAUGAGUGCGGCGAGUUUGCGUCCAUGCAGGGUGCUAUGUGCAACUGCAAUCAGGGUGGAAGCGCUGUUUACAUGAAGGAAGUCGUGGAUGGGUUUCGUAUGUACCCCGUAAUAAAUGGUUUCUUGAUGUGGGGUGUAUCACAGUGUUCGAGUGCAAAUGUGAAGGUGUAUGCCCCACUAUAUGGUGUUUUCAUUCUGAUUGUGGAUAGUUACAUUACCGAGCGUUCCGCCAGGAGAUGGUACGAAGGUGCAUCAUCUGUCCCCGCUGAUGGCAGUUUCGAGAAUGAUCGACUCUUUUUUCACCCCUUUAGGAGGAAGCUGAGUGAAGUGGCAGGUGAUCUCGCGCAAUUGGUGGACAACAGGAUAGUAUCCGCUGUCUUUGGUGGAGUGACGAGGGAUGCACUCCGGCUUCCAAAUGUCACCUUCAUCAAUCCUUUGGCGGCCAGCCCCAUAGUGGGUAAGUUCCGUAGAAAUGUGUUACUGCUCUCGCCUACGGUUCGGCAACAAUUGUACGUGAUUGCUAUGCACCUCUCAAAUGCCUCUACCGGUGCCGUGUCUGCCGCUAUUCGAAGUAAAAGGGCGGAAGUAAUUGGUGAUGUACUCAACAAAUCGCUAAUGACAUUUGAUGUGGCACUUAAGUCAAUGUUGUUACUUAAAGAGAGUGACACUCUGGUGGACCAUCUACCAAGCAGUGGGGAUGUUGUGGCCAUCGGCCUCACACCUCCAGAUGCCCAUGCGAUUGCACAGUAUCUCCAAUCUCGAAAUGAUAGACGCGUGUAUGUUCUCUUCUCCGAAGUCGCUCAAUUGUAUGAUGAGUUUGUGGAAGCAUUUAAUGCGACCCCUGCGGCAGUUGUAAGCGCCUCACGACUUGUGUUCGCGACGAAUCUACCACACUGGGCCGAUAAAAAUACGGAAUCGGAUACAGUUGCAAUGUUUCAUGCCUACAACCCCCGUGAAUCUACAUGGACACCGCUGAGGUUGCGGGGCUUUGCCACUGCGCGUCUGCUUCGAAGCAUCGUUCCACGCAUGAAGAGGAUAAGCCCCUCGUUGUUAGUUGAUUUUUUUUACACAGAAUCAAACAUUCGUGUGGAUGACAUGCACUACGGACCGUACAGUGAUGUUGAGUGUGUUAAGGGACGUGUAACGGCGGCUAACCGUUGCGAGACUAAUUUUGGGGCGGGAAACAUUUCUGUGUGGUCGAUGUCUCGGGUACUAGACCCCCGUGUGCCUGUACUGAGUCGUGGCGUGACGCCAUCUUUGGAGUAUGCUGUAAUGGAUGGGUCUUCCCUUAGUCCUUCACAACUUGCCGGUAUAAUUGUUGGUUCUGUUUUCUUUGUUGCACUUGCUAUUGCAUUGUGUGUGCUUCUGUGCUUGUUUGUGUUUAAUUCUCGAGACAACAACAGAGCACCGAGGGAACCAACAGAUCCUGUAACUCUCAUCUUCACGGACAUCGAAAGCAGCACUGCGCAGUGGUCUACUCACCCGGAACUGAUGCCCGAUGCCGUGUUGGCUCAUCACACUAUGAUCCGUUCACUCAUCAUGCAGUAUGGUUGUUACGAGGUGAAGACCGUUGGGGACUCCUUUAUGAUUGCCUGCCGCAGUACAUCCACCGCUGUGGAACUCGCGAGUGACAUUCAGCGAUCAUUCCUGCAACACUGUUGGGGGACAACUGUUUUCGAUGAUUUCUACCGCAAUUCCGAGAUGCAGAAAGCUGAGGAUGAUGAUCACUAUAUUCCACCAAGUGCACGUCUGGAUCCCGAGGUUUACCGCCAGUUGUGGAAUGGGCUGCGUGUAAGAAUCGGAAUCCACACCGGGUUAUGUGAUAUCCGACAUGAUGAAGUAACAAAAGGAUACGACUACUACGGACGCACACCAAACAUGGCUGCGCGCACAGAAAGUGUGACAAAUGGUGGGCAAGUGCUGCUGACGUAUGCGGCGUACAUGUCACUGAGCACUGAGGAGCGUGACCAACUUGAUGCGACCUCGCUUGGACCUGUUGCGUUGCGUGGUGUUCCUGAGCCUAUUGUAAUGUACCAAUUGAAUGCCGUUCCCGGCCGUGCAUUCGCUGGGCUCCGCUUGGAUCGUGAUUUCUCUUUCGAAGAGAGUGAGGACCCUACUAGUACCUCUGCUAGUGAACAUAGUUCCACCCACAUGGAGCUGAGUGGAUCGGCACAAACUAUUUCAGAUGCCCUGCAUUCCUUACUCAGUACCUUCAAAGCUCCACAGCGAGAGCGACUAUUGGUUCCAUACUGCGAGCGUUGGAAUGUUUCUUUACCACGGCGGAAGGGGCGUGUGUGGGACGAUGCGUAUUGUGAAGAAGUUAUUCGCCGUAUUGCAGUGAAGGUUGGACACAUUGCGGAACACGGAGCCCGCGGGAUGUCCGCAUCGUCAGGUGUUACUACCCAAAGUGGCUCUUCCCUCAUCAUCAUUUCCUGCAAUCCGUACCUUUCCGACGCCUCCCCAAAGCAAUGUUCUCGUGUGCCGGUGUCCAGUGGGCGGGAAGUAAAUAACGGAAUGACGGAAAAUGAUGCUAAUUGA